UAGUGAUAUAUUAAAAUUUCAACAGCAGGCAAAUAUCGAUAGAUCUAUGCUUAAGAUGAUCAUGAAAGUCGACACCGCGAUGCAAACUUUACACUUCCAAUUAGAUGAAAUACUUAACGUCAUGAUAUUAGGCAAACAAGGAAUAAUUAGUCCACAAAUACUUGACCCCAAUGAAUUCAUAGAAAAUUACGCCAAGGCAAUAGGUAGCCAGAUGUACAACACCGCGAUUUCUGCCAAAACCGAACAUUUUCAAUUCAUACUCGACAUCAGUGAUCUUAAAAUCUUCACAAUAGAUGACAAAAUAUUUUUCAAAAUCAUAGUACCUUUAGUCUCUAACACAGAAUGGAACAUAUUACAAGUAUAUCCUAUCCCGAGUAAGAGAAAUGGAGUAUUUUUGGCUCCAGUAGUCGAACAUCAGAUAUAUUUAACCUCACGUCUUUCAUUUAUAAACGCUGAUAUCGAGUACUUCAACAAACUUUGUAAGAAUCGAGCCGGAACCACUAUAUGCAAACAAACACUACCAAUCCAUGACAGAAACUCGAGAAUCGAUUGUCGCAGCGAAAUAAUAAACUUCAAACCUCACAUUGAACAUUGCCAAAUAACUGUACUUAAGAUUGAAGACAUUAGCUUUAUACCGCUCAAAACUAGCAACUGCUACAUUGCGAUACCAGCAAAUCCGAUAGAAAUAGACACAAUUUGCCAAACGAAACAUACCUUACAAAAACUUGACAAGCCUUCCAUCAUAAGAGCUAACACUUCUUGCGAUAUAUUGUACAAAGACGAACACAUGCGUAUAGGCGAAACAAAAAACGAAGUCGAAUACGAAAUCAAAACAAAAGCCCUAGCGCUCAAAACAAACGAUAGUUUCACUCAUCUGUUAGAUAAACUCGAGCGAGCACCAAAGAUAAUAGAUAAUUUACAAGGCUAUAAAACCACGAUCGAUAAAAUAGGCGACGAGGUAGAAACUCUUAAUUUCGAGCAUAGAAUCAAAAAUAUACAGUAUUGGGGACUAACCACGCUCCAGAUAUUAGGGUACAUAGCAUUAGGCAUACUAGGUAUAUAUGGAUUAAACAAAAUAGGGGUAUUCAAAUGCAUCAAGAAAUGUAUACCGAACAAAUUAUGUAUCAAUCUAUUUUGCUGCCGAAAUGAAACCGUAAUUAACAGCCACAAUGCGACAGCUCCACCAGUACCACGCACCCUGGCCUCGACACCCAACAUCUAUAUUCCAACCAACACAUACCACCUAGAUGAAGAGGAGGAAUCAGCUGUAAUUUUCAAGCCACGUCAAGUCCGAUUCCACAAAAGUUUUCUGAAGAAAACUUGAGGGACCAAGUUCAAUCUAAGAAGAGGGAAAUGUCACAGGUGUAAUUCGAGCAGCCAUAUGAUAAACCAAAAUUCCGAGCGCCUUAUCACGUGUGACCGUCCGGUCAGCAUCCGUUCUCAGCCGCCUGGGUGGCAUUCGGUCACUCUAGCCGUUCUCCGAAAUAUAUGAUAAGUACGAGCAAAGCCUUCUCCCACUCCAACGAAUAAAAGAAUAUAAAUGCUCCCUUCAAAAUCAUCCAGUCAGUCUGAAAAAUUCUCAACUAGCCCAAGUAUCAAAAGUGUAUCAUCGCGAACCGAAAAUAAUACUGUACAAAUUGAGUAAAAAUAAAAGAACUCGAUCUCCU